GGGAUAUGUUUCAGAUACUAAAAAGUAUGGAUGAGUUGUUUGCAGAAGAAAAAAUGAGUGAAGAUUUAGCGUUGCGAGAAUCGGUUGAAUUAAAAAAUAAGAAUGUUCAUUUGGAUAUAAAAUUGAGAGAGGAAGAAUUGAAGGAUAAGGACAAGAAAGAUGAAUUGAAGUAUAAGAUUAAAGAGAUUGAGUUGGGUAAUGAAAUUGAAAGAAAGAAAUUGAGGGAAGUUGAAUUGAAGAAAAAAUUGAAGGAGGAAAAGAAGGUGGAAGAAAGAUUGAGGAAUAAAGUGAGUGAAGAGCAAAUAGGCUUAAUAAGAAGGAAUGUGGAAGGGUUUAAAAAAGAUUUGUUUGACUUAAAAAAAGAUGUUUUUGAAUUGAAUAUGAAACUGGAAGGAAUGGAGGUGAAGAAAAAAAUGAAGGAUAAUGCUUUGAAGAUGGAGAGUUUAGAAGAGAAAGUAAAAAAUGAAAAACGGGAAGAGCUGAAGAAAGGUUUAGAGGAGGACUUGAAGAAACUAAAAUUGGAGAGAGAAGAGUUGGAAAAAAAGCUGGAACAAACUCAACUGAAAAAGAAUCAUGGAAAGGCUAAAUGGAAAAUUGACGAAUUGAAAAGCAAGAGGUCAGAUGAAGUGAAAAUAUUACAAGAAAAAUCUAAACAAGAAUUAGAUCAGGCAUAUGAAGAGGAAGAUAAAUUGAAGAAGGAGAUGAAUAUUAGGGAAGAAAAAUUGAGAGAGGAAUUCGAGGAAGAACUUGCUGAAGGAGAUAAGAAAGGGUUAAUAGAGCGAUUAAAUAUCGGCGGAAGUAAAAUAACGGAAGGACUUAAAAAAUUGGAUAAAGGAAAAAGGAAGAGCAAAAAAAUGUUGAAGAAAUUGAAAAAAGAAUUGGACAAACUGACUUUAAAUGAAACCAAAUUGAAGGAGGAGCAAAAUAAAAAUAAUGAGAAAUUGUCGCGAGUUGAAGGAAUAUUGGCACAUACUAAACAAUUGAAAAAAAUUGAUGGAAACUAUUACGGCUUACUCUCGUUUUUCAAAUAUACAUUGUCUUCAAAAUGUAGCAAGGCUUGUUGUGGAGAAAUUGAAGAGGAAUAUGAAUGGGAGCGAAGAUUGGGAGAGUUGGAGUAUGAGCAUGAAGGUAUAUUGCGGGAUCAUAAUGGGAACGGGAUAUAUUAGAUGCCUGACGGCAGUUGGUGAAGUCUGCUUUCUCGCAGGUUCUGUAUUCAUGACACUCUAACAGGUGUCUCUCUUACAUAGAAGGAAAUCUGGUCCAGCUUUUACUUAUCUCAAGUCUAUAAAGCUUACGCCAAUCCCCACCGCCCGACCCUACAUCCU